UGAUAUCAGUGGAAAUUUUCAAAACUAUCCCCUUUCCAUUCUUCAUACAUAACCAGAGGUCUCCCAGACCCCCCUUACUUCAUUUCCUACUAGUCCUCCUCCCAACCCUUAUUCACUUCACAUGGACGAUCUCUCUUGCCUUGAGGUGCGGCCCACCUUUUCCCAAAACAUCGACUACUUGGCCCCCGAUGUCCCCACAUAUAACCUCUACCGGUGCUGGCGUCAGAAUAACUCCAAGUCUAUAAAAUCACAUCAAGAUGACAUCUCGCUUAUAAUACCGUCCACGAUUUCCAAACGCCUUGAAAAUGUGUGUUGGAGAAGAUGGUUCAAAGAAAUAAAACAACUCCCAGAAAUCUCUCCCGACAACAUCAAUUGGUACAAAGAUCAAGAUAUUACAUGGCUCUACGGUCCUAAGUUUGUGGACGGAUCCACCUUCGAAGUCACCCAUCCAUCAAAACCUUUACUCACCAAGGAAAAUCUCGCACGUUCGGAAGCCAUAGAUAUUGUCUCGCCUACUAUUUCCACCCGCGAACACCAAGUCUCUGAAUAUUCACUUUCUUCAUCUAUCGAGUCCGAUUAUUCUUUGGAAGACAACGCAUCUACAUCAUCACUUGAGAGUGACUCGCAUGACAUUGACCAUCACAUACAUGGCAGUUUAAAGCCGGCUUUAAAACUGUCACGUAGUAAAAGUAAAAGAGUCAAGUUUAAUCACAUUGUAAAUUCUCGUGAAAUUGUCAAUGGAAUGAGUUUCGAUUACGAUUUCUUGGACCACCACUGUUUGUAACCCAUGGUACUCUAUAGCAUUUUAAACGGAAUACAUAACUUCUUUUUCGUGUUAGUCGAUUUU